GCAAAACGGAUGAUUUGCACAAACGAUAAGGUUUCAAACCGCGGCUUUUUUUGCAACAAGCUUUAAGGGCAGGGACUUGGUUUUAGUCUUUCACGAUAUAAUUAAAGUUUUUGUUAUGAUCUUGUGGAGCUGAUUCGGAAUUUUUUAGCUUGUGCCCCAUUGCUGAUUGGCUUGGGUCGAUUACCCAAUUGCUUCGCCUCUAAGCUGCCGAGUCCUACGUAAGAACUCAGCAAACUUCAUAGCAAUCCUACACUCUACAAUCAUUUCGCUCUCUACAAUUAUCAUCCAAAAUGUCAGACACUAAGCCAUUUCCGGGUAUCUCCCUCGAGGUGACUGUUACCAUCGCCCCCGAGAACGUCCCAAAAUUCUUCGAAUCCUUCAAACCAGCUUACGAGGCAGUAAUCGCUGAGCCCGAAUGCACAUUCUUUGAGGUCUUCAUCGACCCUGAUCAACCAGGAGUCAUUCAUUGGGUAGAAGGUUGGAAAAAGGACAAGAUGUGGUUAUUGGGAGUACAGAUGCAGAAGGACUACUACAAGCCAUAUUUGGCUGCCACAGAGCCAAUGUUUCUCAAGCCGCGUAAGUGCGAGAUCUCUUUCAAUUUCAAGCAACCGAUUACCCUGUACCAGAUAGUACCGGAGAAUUGUUUAGAAGUUCUGUACUAACGUGAGACAGGUGAAUUCAAGGUAUUUGAGAAGCUGUCAGUCGAAUGGUGCCACGUGAAGCCUGAGCAUCACACCAAACCAUAGGCAUAUGGACGGAAGGAAAUUAAGAGGAUGCUUGGAUUCAAGAGUGCUUAUGAUACACGAGUAGUCGGUUCACAAUGUC